AUGCAACUAAAGCCCUGCCUUACUAUGACAAAACUUGAGCAAGUUGAUCAGAUACCUGGCGUCAAUGAGUCGACGCCAGGAAGUUCAAUUUCCGGUAUUGGAAUUGGCUCGCCUAUUGUCAAUGCGAAUUUUGUUCAUAACGCCGAUGACAAGCGUGCACUUGAUGUCUCCAAGGGCAAUGAAGCUUGCCGUAAUCAGCAAGAACUUCAAGUCCCCGACGCUCGCUGUUGGAACUCGAAGUAUAAAUUGCUCGUUUCUUUUAGCGCCAUUUGCUCUUAUUUCGUCAUUACAUUGGCGACUUCGAUUUAUAUCGCGAGUAUUCCUGGAAUAAUGCGGGAAUUUCACGUUGGAGAGACAUUGGCCAUUUCUCCUAUAACGUUUUAUGCAAUAGGAUUCAUAAUUGGGCCUAUGUGCACGUCUGCGCUCUCAGAGGAGUUUGGCAGGCAAUACAUCUACAAGCUCUCAUUGUUUCUUCAUUUGAUCUUCACCAUCGUGGGUGGAUCAGCCCCGAACUUCCGGACAUUAGCAGUUGCUCGUGGCAUCUGCGGCAUCGUUGGGUCUCCUUGCGUGACUGUCUUCUCGGGUCUGUUAAACGAUCUAUGGAGGAUGCCCGAGGAUAAAUUGGGGGGUGUGCUGUUCGCAAUUUACGGCAUAAUGGGGGCGGUUGCUACUGAGGUCGGACCAAUUGCUGGCGAGGCGAUAGUGACCGACCGUGAUUGGCGCUGGACAUUUUGGCUCACAGCAAUGCUGGUUGGUGUAUGUUUUCUGGCGAUGGUGUCAAUACCAGAGACAUAUCGUCCUGAGGUCCGGAGAAAAAUGCUGAAGCUGCCUCGGCGGAACCUCUGGCACUGUCUGGCUCCUGCUAUCGCCCGUCCGAUACAGAUGCUGCUGAUGGAGCCUAUCAUCUUUCCAACGGCGGCUAUUGUAACCAUGGGUCAGGUUGUGGUGUUUGUGUUCUAUGCAAGCUAUCCAUUGGUCCUCGCGCGAGUGUAUCAGUUCACGUCAUACGAAACCGGAUUAGCAUUCAUACCAUUGGUAAUUGGAAGUCUGCUAGCAUUGCCUAUCAUUUCCAUAGUUAUGAAAAGGAGGGAUAAGUUGUCAGAUCCUAAACCCGAAGAUUCACUUCCUGCGGCGAGUAUAGCAGGGAUUUUGCUACCCAUCAGCUUGUUUUGGCUUGCGUGGACAGCUCGCGUCAGUAUUCACUGGAUAUGUCCGCUCAUCGCUGGAGGGCUCUAUGGGCUAGCGUUCGCGUUGUCGCAGCUGGUCUAUCCCCUCUACAAGAACGAGGUAUAUGGAGCUGAAUUCGGGGCUUCCUCAUUUGCAGUUGAUGUCGCUAUGCGGUAUACAAUUCUCAUCUGUCUUCCCUCUAUUCACCAUUCAAAUGGUCAACCGUAUUGGGUUUGA